UCCCAUCGAAAUCAAUAGGACUCCGCACAGACAUUCCGCCAUGUGAACAUACCCUAAAAGUGAAAUCUAGCGCCCCCUAUAACUCAGCCUGAAUGAUUACAAGUCUGGAUUCCUACAACAAUAUCUGUAUAGAUCAGUCCCCAUCAGUUUUUUUUUUCUAGUCUUCAUUUGAAGGCUGACAAUAACGUCCCCUGCCUUCAGCAGCUUCGCCCUCAGCUUCCUCAUCUCCACCAGUUUUCUACAUGACACAAUGCAACAAAAAGAAAAGCAGAAGUCUCUUUUCCAAGAUUGCAGGGGGCCGGCAUUGUGUUUCCCCAUUGAAAGGGACUGUUAGUUUUCGUUCCAUGUGUGCGGAGGGUGGAGUCAGAGAGCAGAGUGAACAGCAGCAGUUCAGCUAUCACCGAUAUUUCCACCUCCCUGAUGUCACAAGGGAAAUUUUGGAGAGCUGGGUUAAAUACCUCCCGAGAUGAGAGAAGUCAGUAGAGCACAAAAAGCCUUCAAAACAACAACUGCCUGGAGUUAUAAAAGGGGCAAAAAGUUAGCAACAAGUUAUAAAGGAGACGAGAAGAUAAUAACAUAACACACGGCAGAGAGAUGGAACUGACACAGGUGCACGUUGAGGAACCUCUUCUCCGAAAUGUGCAGACGAGCAGGACGUCGUGCUUCCACUGGCUCAGCAUCGCCUCCUUCGUCCUCUUAUUGGGGGCCACCAUCUUUUUGGCCCUGCUUCACUUUAAGAUCAUCCCAACUCAAGAGAAGGAUGAAUUUCCGGUGCCAGAAGUCCUUCAGAUAAAGAAUUAUUUAGAAUCCAUGCCACAAACCCAACCCAUGAAAGGAAAGAGGGCCGCUGCUCAUUUGAUGGGGAAAAAGGGGAGAAAAGGCAUAACCUGGCAAGGCAUCUCAGACAACGCCUUCAAAGAUGGCAGUAUAAAGUUUGCCGCCAACUCCUUGGAAAUCGAAGAAGAUGGUCUCUAUUUUGUCUACUCCCAAGUGAUGUUCACCGGCAGCAAUUGCCAGGAAAGCCGAGAGCUCACGCAUGAAAUCCUCAGAAAGAAUGAUUCCGACGAGCCCACGGUCAUGCUCAGAUCCAGUAAGACGGUGUGCGAGACCAAAUCCCAUUCCUCCUGGACUCAACCAAUCUAUCAAGGAGGACUUUUCAAACUUGACCAGGGAGAUAUAAUUUACACAGAAACUUCAAAUGUCAACUUCCUGGACACCUAUAAUGGACAAGUCUACUUUGGGAUCCUUGCUGUAUAACAGGACCAUGGUGUACCAUCAAAGUUGGUUGUAAUUGUGAACUGAGUUUGGACAAUCAACUUGUUGGUCAACAUCAGAAAAUGGUUCUCAUCCCCUAUCACUUGCAGAAUGUUGAGGACGUGACCCACUAUCUUUCCAAAUCACCAUGUAGAUGGGUCCUGCCCAUGAACCAUCUACUGUGGCACACAUCUCAGGGAACCAGGUCACCCCUCACUCAACGAACGUUCUCUCUUGGUCGUAACAGUCCAUUGUAGUCAUUCUUUUUUUAUAUAUAUAUAUAUAUAUUUAUGAACUAUUUAUCUAAUUAUUUAUUUAUUUAAGGUAUAUUUUUAUUUGAUGUUGAUGUUUUCGAUACAAUGUACAUAUGCAUACAAUGUAUGUUAGUCCAGUUUGUCGAUAUAUGUGUGUGACCUUAGAAUCAAUGAGGACCUACAAAUCACAGCGAGCCCCAGGCAGACCGAGGUUUUGAACUGGAACUAUUAUAGUGUAUAAUUAUUUCAUAUGGGAAGCUUGUGACUUCCUGAACAACCUGUUUGGCCUGUGAUUAUUCAUUAUAAUGUUAGUUCCAUUCCAAAAAGGUAGCUGCUACACUCACCCCUAUGGGGCAUUGUGAUCGCUGAACCAUUCUUGGUGACAUCUGAGAUAUCUUUCGUGUUGUUAUGUGUGUUUUUUUUUCUUUAUGUUAAAAAAAUAUAUAUAUUUGUCAGACCUAUUGUUAUAAUAGGUAUCUAAAAUGUAUAUUGCUGAGCAAUUUAAGAUAUAACCUGUUAUCAUGUAACACUAUCCAGGCCUGGAAGGGGCCAUAUUGUUAUGGGGGCCAAUUUUACGGCUUCUACUUUCCAAAUUUUGGUUGUUGUUUUUUCUUUCUUUGUAAUUUUAAAUACUUUCCUUUGUGUUGGAAAAUUGUCAUGUUCUCC